AUGCCGCAUUUGGCAUCACCCUGGUUAAUCGUGGGCACAUCAUUGGCAGGCAUGGUCAGCCCGUGUGUCUGGGAUCCACUCUUUGCGCUCUGUAUCGGUACCGUCUGCUGGCUUGUCUGUCGCUCGUCUGCUCUCUGGUUGUCUGGGCCUGACAUCGCCUUGGUUGGUAGUUGCCUCGUAUGUACCUUCGGUGUACCUUUGCCCUCGGACCCCCUUAUCGUGGGUACCUCCACAGUACUUUCCACCUACUUUCCCGGUUCCUCUCUACCCGCCACUACUGCCACUACCAACGGUGUACCUCGCUCUGCUGUAGAACGACUCAAUACUCCAACCUUCGGAGGCAAUUUCGAACUUCCCAACUACUUCACCUCUCCUAUCAUCUCUUCCUUUCACCAACUUCGCUUUCCCAGUGUGGUUGUGGUUCCUCUUGCUUAUCGACAAUUGCCUAUCUACACUCCAUCGGUUAUCUCCGGCUUAUCCAACUCCCUCCAACUUGCGAGAUCAAUUCCCUCAAUGGAUGCCCGAGUUUAA